UACGUAAUAGUAGUGGUGCGCAUGCGUGUAGGAGUAGCAGUAGCUGAAAUCCUGCUACACAACUUAGACUCGGUCUCACCGUGUUUUCGUUAAUAUUUAAAUAUAAAACAAGGAAGAAAGUAACAUCGUCAUUCUGUCGCUUUCUUUGCUUUAAAUUCUAGCAUGGCUUUAAAUGUCUAUUCACGGCUGACAAGAAGUUUUGUCCGCGUUUUAGCGAGCAGAAGUGUCAUUCCUGUCACAAGACCUCUGACAACGAGUUCAUGCUGGACACAUUUACGUUGCUUACAGCAUAUCCGCGUCAUUCGUUAUGAUGGUGCUUCAUUACGAAAUUUCAGCUCUUCUAGCCAGCCUUCAAUAGAUGUGUCAUAUGAGCAGCUGAAGAAACUGCUGGUGUCCCGAUCCAGUGUGGUUAUAGACGUCCGCGAGCCGUGGGAACUCAGGGAAUACGGGAACAUACAGGGAUCAGUUAACGUUCCACUGGGACAAUUGAACGGAGCUCUCCAGCUCAAACCUGAUGAAUUCAAGGAGAAAUACGGAGGAGAUAUGCCAUCACAAUCCCAAAAUAUAGUGUUCACCUGCCUAGCUGGUGUAAGAAGCAAAACUGCCCUGGAAACUGCAGUGUCUUUAGGAUACACCAAAUUCAGGUCAGGCGUAUUGGCUGGCCAAUAAAGCACAGUAAUAUCAUGCUCAGCAAACCACUUGGAACUGGUUUUUGCACUGUGGGCAGGUGCUAAAGUCCUGCUGGAAAAGGAAAUCAGCAUCUCCAUAAAGCUUGUCAGCAGAUGGAAGCAUAAAGUGCUCCAAAAUCUCCUGGAAGAUGGCUGCAUUGACUCUGCACUUGAUAAAACACAAUGGACCAACACCAGCAGACGUCACGGCCCCCCCAAAUCAUUAUUGACUUCAGAAACUUCACACUAGACUUCAAGCAGCUUGGAUUCUGUGCCUCUCCAGUCUUCCUUCAUACUCUGGGACCAUGAUUUCAACAUGAAAUGCAAAAUUUACUUUUAUCUGAAAAGAGGACUUUCGACCACUGUUCACUGUCUAGUUCUUUUUCUCCUUAGCCCAGGUAAGAUGCUUCUGACGUUGUCUCUGGUUCAGAAGUGGCUUGGUAGUCCUUUUCCUGAAGAUGUCUGAGUGUGGUGACUCUUGAUGCGCUGACUCCGGCUUCAUUCUACUCAUUGUGAAGCUCUCUUAAGUGUUUGAAUUGGCUUUACUUGACAGUAUUCUCAAGCUUGCGGUCAUCCCUGUUGCUUGUGCACCUUUGCCUACCCAAUUUCUUCCUUCCAGUCAACUUUGCAUUUAAUAUGCUUUGAUAUACACUCUGUAAACAGCCACCCCAUUCAGUAAUGACCUUCUGUGACUUACUCUCUUUGUGGAGGGUGUCAAUGAUUGUCUCCUGGACCAUUGCCAAGUCAGCAGUCUUCCCCAUUAGUGUGGUUUCAAAGAACAAAAGAUACCCGGAAUUUAUACUGUAGGGAUGGUCAUUUAAUGAAACUCAAAUGUAAAUAUUCUAAUAUUUUGAGAUACUGGAUUUUGGACUUUCAUGAGCUGUACGCUCUAAUCAACAAAUUUUAAAAAAAAAACUUUUGAAAUGUUUUACUUUACAUGUAGGGAAUCUAGAAUAUAUGAAAGUUUCAUUUUUUAAAAUAAUUUACAAUAAAAAAAUGAACUUUUUCACGAUAUUCUAAUUAUAUGACCAGCACCUGUAUGUUGUAAAUAGACAUCAAUGACGCUCUUCACCGAGCACUUACACAGAUACACACGUCUUAUCUAUACACACAUCUUAUCUAUCUGAUAAGACGCCCGCUUUCAAAUUCAAACACUUCCGUGUGAUUUCAAACGCUCCCGUGCGCUGAUCAUUGUAAUCAAUCAUAGACAUAAAAUUGAGUGCGUGAACACAAUGGCCAAUCAGAGGUGUUCACGAAUCAGCUCAACAGCGCUCAAAGCAUCACAUUUUUAAAAUUUCAGUACUGACUUGUUAUCGAAGUCAGUACUUUUUGACAACACUAAGUGUACCCUUAAUAUAGUAUGAUAUACACACAUUUAUAGGCAGGGCUACUGUAAAUUUUAUUCAAUGUACUCCAGGUGUCUGUCCACCAAGAGGUAAUUGGCCUAAAAAAAGAUUGAAAAUCCAUGCCUUAAUAAUGCCUUCACUGAAGAAGAAACAGGAAAUGUACAUUUAAACCAGAUUUGUUUUUAUAUCAAUAUGCUACACUACAGUAUAUUCAAGUUCUGUUUGUAUGGCCUUAGUUGCCUAAUUGAUUUUCUCUCUUC